UAUCGAUGACAAAACUUUACAGGGCGAAAAACCAUAACAAUGGGAAGUCCGGAAUUACCCACGGAUCCUGGUCAGGACAUAUUUCCAACGCCAACGGUGGAACAUCCGCGAGGAGGAGUGGAGAGCGAGGACGAUGAUGAUUCGGAUGUGUAUGAUGGCUAUCAGCCCCUCGCCUUAGAUGAGGAUAACGAUGGUGCAGAUUCCGAGGAGACGCCCAGGGAACGGGAGCCCGCAUCUCAAAACAAUGAUGCGGAUAUUGAUUUGAUGACAGCUGAGGUCACUCACGGUGACCCCAACAUGCCACCGAUUGAGCCCGCUGAUGUGGAAAUCGAGAGGCAGGUUUGGAGUGAGCCCAGGCCUAGGGAACUCCAAAUGGAUCUGGACAAAACGCGAACAGAACAGAUCCUCAAAGCCAUGUCCACAAUAACCUUGCCCAACAUCACAGUGCCAGAAUGGGCCAAAGGCGUGCCCGAGGAGCGAUGGAAGCAUGAACUCCUGGACCGGAUCAACAACCGACAGCAGCCACCAGAACCCUCAUCGUCGUCGGCGGCGACGGAUCCCCAGCAUUCCAAGGCUAAGAAAGAUUAGCGUUGUAUAUGGUGUAUUUAGAAAAAAACGUUCUCCAAUAUAUAUAUAUGUAUAAUUUAGAA